AUGGCUACAACUACAGUAACCGGUCAUGGGCGACGCGCCUCAAUGCGCCAGGCCGAAUUGCAAAUCCCUACCAAAUCCUCCGUUCCUCAAUCAACGAGCAGUCCGAUAGACAAAUUUCCGCCUUACGAAGACACCCUCGACGCCGUCGCGGGGUCAGCUCGGCCAAACCGAAGCGCCUCGGUGAAAUAUGCCCCGAACGAGCUCUGGGAACCGAGAAAAGCAAGCUUUUACUCGCGAGAGUAUGGGAACGGGUCAUUACGAAAUCCUAAACAUCGUCCGCGAAAGAGCAUCAGCGAAGCCAUCACGACAAUCAGAACACGCAAUGGCAGUAUGAGUGCCAAUGCUCAUGAAUUGGCCCAAGCACUUCGCGCCCCAGUCUCUUACCGACUCACUGCUCUCUGUGUCGUCUGGUACCUGACCUCUGCCCUCACAAAUACAUCUUCAAAAUCGAUUUUGAAUGCUCUUCCGAUGCCAAUCACAUUGACGAUGAUCCAAUUUGCGUUUGUCUCCUUUUGGUGCUUGCUGUUGGUGUAUCUUUCCACGAUUAUACCUCGGUUGCGACAAAGCAUCCCGGUCCUUCAACAUGGAAUUCGCUACCCAUCCCGCGACGUGAUUUCCACAGCCUUGCCUCUGGCAGUAUUCCAAUUGGCCGGUCACAUUCUAAGCUCUAUGGCUACUGAACAAAUCCCCGUAUCUUUGGUCCACACCAUCAAGGGCCUUUCGCCCCUCUUCACAGUUCUAGCAUACCGGAUCCUGUUCCGCAUUCGAUAUGCCCGGGCAACCUACUUAUCGCUGAUCCCUCUGACUCUGGGUGUGAUGCUUGCAUGCUCGACCGGAAUUUCUACCAAUUUCUUCGGUAUCUUUUGCGCAUUUGGUGCAGCUCUUGUCUUUGUCUCGCAGAACAUAUUCUCGAAGAAGCUGUUUAACGAGGCAGACCGUGCAGAAUCAGAUCUGCAAACCCCCGGACGGCGGAAGUUGGACAAACUCAACUUGCUUUGCUAUUGCUCCGGGCUGGCGUUUUUCCUCACUCUGCCUAUUUGGUUUGUCAGCGAGGGUUACCCACUAGUAUCUGAUUUCAUCCAUGAUGGUGCGAUAUCGCUGUCGGGUAAGCAAGGCUCAUUGGAUCACGGUGCUCUUUCUCUUGAGUUUGUGUUUAAUGGACUCUCACACUUCGCCCAAAAUAUCCUGGCCUUUGUGUUGCUGUCAAUGGUUUCUCCUGUGUCCUAUUCGGUUGCAUCAUUGGUCAAGCGUGUGUUUGUGAUCGUGGUAGCGAUUAUAUGGUUUGGGAGCUCGACCACCUCGAUUCAAGCAUUUGGUAUUGGCCUCACUUUCGUUGGCCUCUACCUUUAUGAUCGCAAUAGCCAUGAUGAUGUAGCUGACCAAAGGGCAAACACGGAUCAUUUCCGUGGCGAACAGUCCAUUCUUCCAAUGAAUGUGCGGCACUCAAACAAGCCAUGGGAUUCUAAUGGUUAUGCUUUCCUGCGGGGAGGGCCUUUGAAGGCGCCCCCAACAACUUCCAUGCUGCGGCAAACAACUCCAAGAAGGAAGACGAUCGGCCCGGGCAUGUUCGACCAAGAGGGGCCAGUGUUUCCCGUACUUGGUUACCAGGCACCAAGCAAGAAUCCACUUGGCAGAACCGCAGAUUCCGAUGCAAAGUGCUCUCUGAACUCCCAACUGUCACCAGGAUCUCACCCCCUCGCCCUCCUCCACCUUAUCUCCCACCCUCACAUAUCUGUUCUCCUUCCAAUGAUGCGGCCGCAGCUGUUUCGUGCGGCCGCCCGGUCCCUCCGGGUUCCUAAGGUCACCCCCGGGCAUUCGCGACGACAGCCCCUCGCGCGGCCGAGGUGGAACUCACCAUUGAUGGCAAAAAGGUCUGGCUCGGCUCUUAUCCAGGCCUGUGAGCAGGCAGGCGCAACGGUUCCCAGAUAUUGUUACCAUGAAAAACUUUUGGUUGCAGGAAACUGCCGUAUGUGCCUCGUCGAAGUUGAACGUGCCCCAAAGCCGGUGGCCUCCUGUGCUUGGCCCGUGCAACCCGGCAUGGUGGUGAAGACGAACUCACCACUGGUUCACAAGGCAAGAGAGGGUGUCAUGGAGUUCCUCCUCGCCAACCAUCCCCUCGAUUGUCCUGUCUGCGACCAAGGAGGAGAGUGUGAUCUCCAAGACCAGUCGAUGCGUUACGGUGCCGAUCGGGGUCGAUUCCAUGAAACCGGCGGAAAGCGUGCCGUGGAGGAUAAGAACAUUGGCCCACUGGUUAAGACCUCAAUGAAUCGAUGCAUCCACUGCACCCGUUGUGUCCGAUUCAUGAAUGAUGUCGCCGGCGCCCCAGAACUAGGAACUGCUGGUCGCGGAAACGACAUGCAGAUUGGAACCUACCUUGAGCAGAACCUCAACUCAGAACUCUCAGGCAAUGUCAUUGACCUUUGCCCUGUCGGUGCACUAACUUCGAAGCCCUAUGCUUUCCGGGCGCGCCCAUGGGAGCUCAAGCACACCGAAUCGAUCGAUGUCCUUGACGCUCUUGGCUCUAACAUCCGCAUUGAUAGCAGAGGCCUGGAAGUGAUGCGGGUUGUCCCCCGAUUGAAUGACGAUAUUAACGAGGAAUGGAUCAAUGACAAGUCGCGGUUCGCAUGCGAUGGGUUGAAGACCCAACGACUCACAACGCCGCUCAUUCGUCGGGAGGGUAAAUUCGUCCCUGCCACUUGGGAACAGGCUCUAACGGAGAUCUCAUCGGCCCACGAGAAGCUGCAGCCACAAGCAAAUGAGUUCAAGGCUGUUGCGGGACACUUGGUUGAUGCUGAGUCGCUCGUUGCCAUGAAGGACCUGGCAAACAAGCUUGGCUCUGACAACCUUGCCCUGGAUCAACCUGGAGGUGGUGCCCCCAUUGCUCACGGUAUCGAUGUCCGUUCCAAUUAUCUUUUCAAUUCCAAGAUCUAUGGAAUCGAGGAGGCAGAUGCAAUCCUUUUGAUUGCAACAAACCCUCGUCACGAAGCCGCUGUUCUGAACGCCCGUAUCCGAAAGCAGUAUAUUAGAUCUGAUCUUGAGAUUGGACUUGUCGGCGAGGAGUUUGAGAGCACAUUUGACUUCAACCAUCUGGGCACUGAUGUGUCUUCCUUGAAAUCCGCUUUGUCCGGAGAAUUUGGCAAGAAGCUUGCCGGAGCCAAACGGCCAAUGAUUAUUGUCGGUAGCGCUGCUGCAGAGCACCCUGAUGCUAAGGCAAUCUUCGAGGCUGUCGGUGGCUUCGUCGAGAAGAAUGCAAACAACUUCAUUACCCCGGAGUGGCAGGGCUAUAACGUCCUCCAGCGUGCGGCGUCUCGGGCUGGUGCCUAUGAAGUUGGCUUCACUGCACCGUCUACCCAGGUUGCUCAAACUACCCCCAAGAUGAUGUGGCUUUUGGGCGCAGAUGAGAUUGCCCAAAGCGAGAUCCCGAAGGAUGCGUUUGUCGUCUACCAGGGACACCACGGUGAUCGCGGUGCCCAACUUGCUGAUGUCGUUCUCCCCGGCGCUGCGUACACCGAGAAGUCAGGUACAUACAUCAACACAGAAGGUCGCGUGCAAGUUACCCGUGCUGCCACUUCUCUUCCCGGUGCAGCUCGUGACGACUGGAAGAUCAUCCGUGCCACUAGCGAAUUCCUCGGUGCUCCUCUUCCUUAUGAUGAUAUCGAGGCUCUUCGCGACCGCAUGGAGGAGAUCAGCCCUGUCAUGCGCCGCUAUGACGUUGUUGAGCCGACCUCGGUUGGCUCAUUGAGCAAGGUCCAACUUGUGGACCAGAACAAGGGAUCUCAAGCCACCGGGGCUCCUUUCAAGAAGGUGAUCGAAGACUUCUUCUUCACUGACGCUAUCUCCAGAAGUUCGCCCACCAUGGCCCGCGCCUCCGCUGCUAAGGCCACUGGAAACCCUGAGACCAACUUCAUGGCCGCAGGAGAAAUGUCUCCUCAGGCUUUGUAUGGUUAGAUCGGGGUCUAUUUUGACCUCAUUCUGUGUUUCUCUAAUGGCUGCAGGCGUUUCUAUUGUACCACAUCUUAAAUUUUCCUCUUGAUGUACUGUUUCCUUUCCAUCCUCUGAGUUUUUCCCUAUCAUCUUGAACACCCUUCCGGUUCCUGUUGACCUCUUCGCCAUUCUCCGGUGUCGCCUGGGAUUAAUCGGGAGUGGUUGCCUUGUACAUAAAAGACUGAACCCCCAAAAUUUCGAGUCCAUGGGCGUCGGAGAUGAUGAAUCUGUG